AUGACGUACUCUGUGCGCUCAAUCAAUAGACAAGACGAAACUACCACAGUAUCUCUGGCGACGCUAUCUAGCAACGCUCUGCAACUAUUCGCAAACCUAGCCAUCAUUGCGCCCAAUGAUGCGGAAGCCCAAAUCAACCCAACAGCGCUCAACAUUGAGCAACAACACGAGAGACUAGUACUAUGGGUGGCCAACCUUGGAGCCACGCACCUCGGUCAUAGUUCGUUAGAGUACCGUCUUCGAGAAGCUGAUCUGGUGCGUAAUGCCAUUUGGACCUUCCUAAAUGACUUGUGCAAUUCACUCCUUGAAUGUGAGACUUCCGCUAUCAUGUUUGGCUGGCAAUUCUUGACCUUACCAAUAGGCAGAGAGUUUCUGCUCUGUGGUGAUCUGAGCGCCAUGGACGACGUUUACGCGUCUAGGCACAACGAAGGAGCUUACAACUACCCCGAUCAAUCUAUGACUGCUAUCCAACAGAGCAUGUUAGAGGCCGAUUAUGGUUCCGAAACCACCGGUUCUGCGGAGCAAGAGUUCAACUUGAUUCUUGAAAGCAUAGCUGAAACAAUUAACUGUCUUUAUAGAAUUGCUACACGUAUCAGAAACCCUGCGACCAGAAUCCUGACUAAGAAAGUCCUCGGUUUUAAAAUGAUGGAUCGUGAAAGUGGGGUUGAUUUGGAGGGGGAGUACGCCUCGCUUGAUCGAGAGCACUUGCGGGAGGUGUUCAAAGAUUAUCGAUCUGCUGACAUAUUGGAUCGCUUUGGGGAGCAGGAAAUAUCACCUCAAAAUUUAGAUUCUGCUCGAAGAGAACCAUUGGAGUUCCUUGCUCAUCGUCUUGCACAGGCCAAUACUCUUCGACGAAAACAGUUCGCAUACUGGAGCCGACACCGAAAGAAGCUCGACGCUGCGUCCGAAGCCACCGCACAGGGAAUACAUGUUCAACAGGUGCAACCGCAACAAGCUUCUCAAACCGUUUUCAGUACCACGCGCUCAUUUGAAGAAGAUCGUUCUGUAGUUCCUUCUCUACCGACUACCGCAACUACUUUAGAUCCAGCCAAAAUUGACCUGGGAGACACAAAGGAGGAUGAUAUGAGAUCAUUUAACAAUGAGCAGUGGGGACAUGGUAAUGCCUUGUCCCAAAAUGCUUUGAGACAUCUGGAGAUGAUAAUGUCAGACCAAGGAUCCAAUACAAAGGUCGGACAAUACCUGUCGCAUCUAGGUGACUCCGACUUUGAGAAUCAAUGGUUGAAUCAAGAUCUUUCACCACCUCGCCAGACGACUAGACUGGACGAUGAUGUGGCAUCUGCAGUGAAAUAUGAAGCCAGUUCAAGGCCUCAUAAUAGUGACCGGCUUGCAAAGGAGUUGGCUGACGAUCGCAACUCCCGGGGCGAUUGGGAUUCGGCGGAUCUUAAUGACUUGACUCCUGAAUUGGACAAGUUAAAGGCAAAAUGGGAGGAAAGAGAUGAGAUUAGACGUAAAUCCGGAUUCCAGCAGCGGUACUCAAAUAUCGAACUUAGCCGAGAGUCCCUUCCUUUAGAAGCAUUAAUGUUGUCAGGAGAUGCACCUCCUGAUUCGGCCAAACCCUCUGUUACUCCUCCGCAAAAUAGGGGGAAACGGACAUCCAGCGAAAAUUUCCAAGCUCCCGAAUCACCACAUGAGUCAGAAAUUUGUUUUCUAUGCAAAGGUUGUGGAUAUAUUCUUGAGGAAGGAAAGGCUUUUGUACUUGCGGGCAAUAGAUGGCACUUGGAGUGCUUCAGAUGUCGCAUGUGCAACAGGCUUUUCGACCACGAUCCAAAUUUGAUAUUACUGGGUGGUGGGAAUUUGAUCUGUAACAAUUGCACCUACUCAUGCUCCAACUGUGGGAACAUGAUCGAGGACUUUGGCAUUCUCGCAGGUAAUCAAGCGUUCUGUGGAAAAUGCUCCACAUGUCGCAAUUGCAAACGCAAGAUUGAAGACCUCAGAUACUCCAGGACAGCACAAGGCUUAUUUUGUAGGCCGUGCCAUGAAUCAUUAAGGGCUCGGCAAUGGGAAGAAAAGGAUGGCCGUGGGCAACGACAGCAGGACAUCAACAUCAAGCAGCCCUCCAAGUCGGUCGAUACCGACGUGGGCCAGCAAGAUCCUGCAGCCCAUACUAAGGGUACACCAAUGCGCUAUAAGUAUUACGUCUUUACGAAAAAAGAGGAUUGGAGGGUGGCAGAUAAGGUCGAGAUCAUUGCGCCGCAAGAGGAGUUAGAGCGAAAAGUCGCCGAGGGCAGGAAGACCAAUUCGGUGCUAGAAGCUAUGAAGAACAUGAGCGCCGACCGUCGAGCUCAGAUUAGUCGACUUCUAACUGAAAAGAAUCUUGCCAACGAGCAUGGUGAUGCUGUGAGUGGCAAUGCGUUCUUAUCAACUCUCCCAACCCAAGGGACUGGAUGUUAA